UAAGUCAGAUUCAACUGUUUAUCAUCCCAAGGGCAGUAGGCUUGGCUAUUGCUGACUCUAGGUAGUGAAAGGGUUACAGCUGGGAGGGUUAUAACUCCUCCCAGCCCCAGUGGACACUUGGUCCCUUAGCAACGUGCAGUGCCAGGACGCUGACUUCUGGAGCUGGGGCAGAACUCCCUAGAAGCCCAGAAGAAACAUCUAGACCAGCAUAGUCUCUGAAGAAACACCGCAGUUCACAAACUAUGGAGGCCACCAAUGCCAUUGAGAAACUUCGAGCCAAGUGCCUGGAGCGGGGGGCAUCUGGUAUCAAAGGCCUGGCCAGAUUUUUUCGCCGACUGGAUGCCAACAGAAGUCGGGCCUUAGAUGCAGAAGAGCUGCAUCGGGGACUGGAAGAGCUGGGGCUGGCCCUGGAGGCUGGUGAGGCUGAGCACAUCUGCAAGCAGUGGGACCGGGAUGGCAGUGGGACCUUAGACCUGGAGGAGUUUCUCCGUGCCUUACGGCCACCCAUGUCUCAGGCACGGAAGGAUGUCAUUGCGGCUGCCUUCGCCAAGUUGGACAAAAGUGGAGAUGGCGUAGUGACUGUGGAUGACCUUCGGGGCGUCUACAGUGGCCGAGAAAACCCCAAAUUUCAGAGUGGCGAGUGGACAGAAGAUGACGUAUUCCGGCAUUUCUUGGACAACUUUGAUGCUGGUGACAAGGAUGGACAGGUCACUGCGGCAGAGUUCCUGGAUUAUUACAGUGGUGUGAGUGCUUCUGUGGACACAGAUGAAGAGUUUGUGGCUAUGAUGACUAGUGCCUGGCAACUGUGACCAAUGCUUCUCAGAACCCAAGGGAAGGAACCGGAGGGCCAGCCCUAGAAGCGCCCUCCUCCCCUUCCUUCCCUCACCCCAAGCCAG